CUAUUUUUUUCCCCUUUGAUUUACGCACAUCACAUGUCUGAUAUUACGCACACAGUGGUCUAACAUCCAGGGAAGUGUAGGCCACUGGAUUUUGAAAUCUUUCAUCACAAUAUUCAUUUUUUCCCUCAUUUAUUAUUUUUCCAAGCACUCUUGUCCCUGGGCUCUGUUGACCUUACAUCUGUUGGACUGAAAUACAAAUAUGCAAAAGUAAUAAAGUAGACAGGGAAAAAAAAUCUCAGCCAGUAUUUUGAGACCAGCACAGCCACUACAAAAAAAAAAAAAAAAAGCACUGCAGAGGAGCGUCUUUAAUUGAGACUUGGUCCUAAAACUUAGUGAAGAAUUUCUGGGCUCGGGUUAUGUCUGCAGUCCAAGUGCAGACAGCCGGCGUUCGUUCAAGGAAAUUGGGAAGGAAGAUUAGCCUCAUCUAACUUACUCCAUAUUUGAAAAGUUAGAAAUCUGAGAUGCAUUAGAGUUUGGAGACCUUCAUUUGAUUAAGGUAUGAUGUGAAUAUGCGUUGCCUGGCAGCUCGGGUCAACUAUAAGACUUUGAUCGUAAUCUGCACUCUCUUCACACUUGUCACGGUGCUGUUGUGGAACAAAUGCUCCAGCGAUAAAGCGGCUCAAUUUCCCCGGAGUCUCAGCAGCGGCUUCCGCGUGGACAGCUUGGAGAAACGAGCCGCCGCUUCAGAGAGUAACAACUAUGUGAACAGCCUCGUGAAGCAGCAGAGCGAGGAGGCAUCGCCACAGGAGCAGCAGAAAGCCCCGCCUAUCGUGGGCGGCUUCAACGGGAACAAAGUUUUGGGACUGAAAUAUGAGGAAAUAGACUGUCUGAUCAAUGACGAGCAUACGAUAAAAGGGAGGCGAGAGGGCAGCGAGGUCUUCCUGCCCUUCAGUUGGGUGGAGAAGUACUUUGAGGUCUAUGGGAAGGUUGCUCAGUAUGAUGGGUACGACCGGUUUGAAUUCUCCCAUAGCUACUCCAAAGUGUACACCCAGAGAGCCCCCUACCACCCCGACGGCGUGUUCAUGUCCUUCGAGGGCUACAAUGUGGAAGUGCGUGACAGAGUGAAGUGCAUCAGCGGCGUUGAAGGUGUGCCGUUAUCUACGCAGUGGGGGCCUCAAGGCUAUUUCUACCCAAUCCAGAUUGCACAGUAUGGCUUGAGUCACUACAGUAAAAACCUGACGGAGAAACCUCCUCACAUAGAGGUGUACGAAACAGCCGAAGACAAGGACAAAAGCAGCAGGCCUACUGACUGGACUGUCCCAAAAGGCUGUUCGGUUGCAACGGUGUCCGAUAAAUCCCGGUUCACAAACGUGAAGCAGUUUGUCGCUCCAGAAAAUACUGAAGGGGCCUCGCUGCAGCUUGGGAACACAAGGGACUUCAUUAUUUCUUUUGACCUCAAAUUCCUGACAAACGGAAGCAUAUCAGUGGUUCUGGAAACGACUGAGAAGAACCAGCUCUUCACAGUGCACUACGUCUCAAACAUGCAGCUAAUCGCUUUUAAGGACAGGGACAUUUACUAUGGCAUCGGGCCUAGGACUAGUUGGAGUACCGUCACCAGAGACCUGGUCACUGACCUCCGGAAGGGAGUGGGCCUCUCCAACACAAAAGCUGUAAAGCAGACAAAGAUCAUGCCGAAAAAGGUGGUCAGGUUGAUUGCAAAGGGAAAAGGCCUCAUUGAUAACAUCACGAUAGCAACCACGGCGCACAUGGCGGCUUUUUUUGCUGCCAGCGAUUGGCUAGUGAGGAACCAGGAUGAAAGGGGGGGCUGGCCCAUCAUGGUGAUGCGGAAGCUCGGGGAAGGGUUUCGGUCGUUAGACCCAGGCUGGUACUCUGCCAUGGCCCAAGGGCAGGCCAUCUCCACGUUAGUCAGGGCUUACCUGUUAACGAAAGACCACACGUUCCUCAAUUCAGCUUUACGGGCCACAGCACCUUACAAGCUCCUGUCCGAGCAGCACGGUGUGAAAGCCGUCUUCAUGAAGAAGCAUGACUGGUAUGAAGAGUACCCGACCUCGCCUAGCUCGUUCGUGUUGAACGGUUUCAUGUACUCAUUAAUUGGGCUGUAUGACUUGAAAGAAACCGCGGGGGAGAAACUAGGGAAAGAGGCAAAACUUCUGUACGACCGGGGCAUGGAGUCCCUCAAAGCCAUGCUUCCGCUCUACGAUACUGGCUCAGGGACGAUCUAUGACCUUCGCCAUUUCAUGCUUGGCACGGCUCCCAACCUGGCCCGAUGGGACUAUCACACCACCCACAUCAACCAGCUCCAGCUGCUGAGCACAAUUGACGAGGCCCCAAUUUUCAAAGAGUUCGUUAAGAGGUGGAAGAGCUAUCUGAAGGGCGGCAGGGCAAAGCACAACUAGAGCUGACAACCAAAACCAUGCGUCUGCUGUCUGCGGGAACCGCUGGACUUCUCGAAGGGAAACAAGGGGUGCAUUGUAAACGGCCCCAUAUUAAGUGAUGGGCUGUUUCAAAGAAGUGAUCCUUAAAACUGAUGUGAAAUGAUUGCAUUCCAGCGCGGUAAUGCUUCGAUCCGGUAGGGAGGAUUUGGAUCAAAGCUAGCAUCUCCUUCAACUCGUUUACCUGCCCAUAGUGUCCCACCAUGAAAUCACUCGCCCGUGUCAAACUCCAUUUGUACUCCUGAGUUUCGGGGGGGCGGAAAAAUUCCUUUUUGUAGGGGGGAAAAAAAAGAUAUUUACAGAAGCCAUAAAAGUCCUUAAAGUCCAGCACUUGCCUGAAAAGUUAGGAUGUGGCCUCCUUUAAAAUGGAAUAAUCUGUGUAUAUGUUGACAACAGAGUAACAAAUUGUGUUGUAAUGCAGUAACUGUGUAUUUACUUGUAGCCUGGGUAGUGGACAGUGUAUCUUUUUAAAAGUGUUUUUUAUACCGGUUCUUUUCUUGAAGGGGGGGAAAAGUACACAAAAUUGUUUUACAAUUCUAUAUAUCGAGGUACUUUCAACGUACGGUUUCUUUAGGGGUGUGUCGAUUUGAAAACGCACCUAGCCAGCAUUCGGGCUCCUAACUUGUGUUAUGUAAGCACAACUCCAAGUGGGACUAGCUGACUGCACAAAACUCUGCAAACAUACCAUCCCCUUUUUUUAUAAAGCCAAGGCUGCAAUCACGUUUGAGGCUUGCUGGUCGCCGUUUCUGCCAUGCCGUUGAAAUCUCUUGUGUACUGUAUUUCCAAUUGCAUUGAAGAGGCUUCUGUGCGCACAGGGGAGAUUUCUGUUGGCAUCCUACAUAUGGGCUAAGGAGCUAAUUUUUGAGUAGCUCAUAGGAGUCCUUGAUUUCAAUGGACUUAUCGAUGAUUGAUUUUUUUUUUUUUUUUUUUUUCCCCCUUUGGCAAGUUUUGUUUUUAAAACGCUUUUUUAAAAAAGCUGAUCAAGAACGUAGUACGUUAAAAUGAUUGUGUCCGUCUCCCCACCUUUGCCUAUGCUUUAAACACUCACGACACCUAUGGCCUUGAGCUUAUUCUUUAUGUCUGAAUCGUCUUAGUGGUUCUGGCAAGUGAGAGAGGGUAUCCGUGCAAUAACUGAACGCAUCCGAACCCAGAUGUUCGCUCCAUCCAGGCUUCAGAAUUAACACAGAAUUUCCUUUUUGUAUUCAUAACCUCUUUUCACUGGACUUUAUGGUCUUUCAGUGUGUGGAUUGCCUGCUGAAAAACCCAAGGAAG